UACAGCUGCGUGUUAUCGACUGUGACCCGAUACAGCCAGAGAAGAGACUUUGGAUCCGCAGCUCCAUGAGGAGCAAACGCCUUGAAGCCUUUCAGCCUGCCCAUCUGAGCUCUCACAAACGAGCAGCCACAGAACACUGAACAAGGAAGUAAAGCUUUCUGACAGACUUCUGUUUCAGCUGCAGCAGUCGAAAUGGCUGAGAAGAGGAAGACGAGGAAGCGAUCCAUCUCUCUGUACUCCAGCUCCUCCUCUCAGAUGUCUCAACAACCAACCAGCUCCAGAAGUGAGCUGAUCAGUUCACAGACGAGUGCAGCAGAGUCCUCAGGUCCCAGCUGUGAGUCUAUGAAGAGUGAUGUGUCCAUGUAUGAGCCACUCAACUUUGGUGUUAAGAGAAGACGUUCACAGUCAAGUGGCAAUGAGCCCACAGCUCCCAGUGUUGUAUCUAUGAAGAGUGACAUAUCCAUGUUUGAGCCGCUGAACUUUGGUGUUGAAACUACACAAAGCAAGCUGAGUGGGGAGCCGUCCAGCUGUUCCAUGUGUCUGGAGGUUUUGAGGGAUCCAGUUCGUUUAACCUGUGGACACUGGUCAUGCAGACUGUGUUUCAGCUCGGACUGCACCUGCACAAAGUGUGAGAAGAAAUUCAGAAAAGAGCCGGAACACCAGAGAGACACUGAAGAAGACACUGGGGGCAGCCAUCUCUUGAGAGCAAAGAAGAAUCUUAAAGAAGCAGUUCAAAAGAAAUUCACUCUGACAUCUGAAGGUAAUGGUGACCAACAGAGCUCCCUAAACAGCAUCUACACAACACUUCACAUUACCACUGGAGAGAGUGAAGGGCCACAUGAUGAACAUUCAUUCAGACUCAUCAAACCUAAACGACCUUCAGAAUUUAUCAGCCUCAGUGACAUCUUCAAACCUUUGCCUGGCCAAGAGAAACCCCACAGAACGGUCCUGACAAAGGGUGUUGCGGGCAUCGGAAAAUCAUUUUCCGUGCAGAAAUUCAUUCUUGACUGGGCCGAGGGGAGAGAAAAUGAGGACAUUGACUUCAUUUUCAGUCUCGCUUUCCGGGAGCUGAAUCUGAGUACAGAUAACAAAAGCUUGCAGAAGCUCCUGACUGAAUUCUAUCCUGCGAUCCGUGAUCUGACAGAUUCAGAAGAUUUCAUCAAAGCCAAGGUUGUAGUCAUCCUGGAUGGCCUGGAUGAAAGCAGACUUCAACUGGAUUUCAGGAACAAGAAGGUAACAUCAGUCAGUGAAGUAACAUCUAUGGGGAAUCUUCUAGCAAACCUCAUCCAGGGUAACCUUCUUCCUAAUGCUAACGUGUGGAUAACAUCCCGUCCAGCAGCAGCCAAUCAGAUCCCUGCAGAGUUUGUUGGCAUGGUGACAGAGAUAAGAGGGUUCAAUGACCCACAAAAAGAAGAAUACUUCAAGAGGAGAUUUAGAAAUGACCCAGGCCUCGCUGACAGGAUCAUUACACACAUUCGCUCUUCACAGAGUCUCGACAUCAUGUGCCAGAUCCCGAUCUUCUGCUGGAUUUCUGCCGUGUUAUUUCAGGAGAUCUUUGGAGGAGAUGACAAAGCUGAAACUCCUCAAACUCUAACAGAGAUGAUGGCACAUUUCCUGUUUGCCCAGACAAAACGCAGAAGCAGAAAAUAUGACCAGAAGACAAAGGAAAACAAAGAGAGACUUCUGAAGAAACACAGAGAAUUUCUCCUAAAACUCGGCAAGCUUGCGUUUGUUCACCUGCAGAGGAACAGUCUCAUCUUCUAUGCUGAAGAUCUGGAAGACUGUGGCAUCGACGUAAAAGAGGCAACCAUCUGCUCUGGAUUUUGCAACACAAUUAUAAGAGAAGAACAAGUCUUUUCCCAGAAAAAGGUCUUCUUCUUUGUGCACCUGACCAUACAGGAGUUCUUUGCAGCUCUGUUUGUCUAUGACUGUUUCACAAACAACAACAAAGAAGUGCUCGGCAACUUCCUCGAUCUGAAGGACAAAGAACAUACUUUACUUGAUCUUGUAAAGAUGACAGUUGACAGAGUGUUGGAGAAGAAGAACGGCCACCUGGACUUCUUCCUGCGAUUCCUCCUUGGCCUCAUGGUAGAACCCAACAGAAGAGUCCUUCAGGGUCUGCUGACAUUGACAGAUCCAAGCCAGGAUACCGACAAGAAAAUCUUGACUUACCUCAAAGCCAUCCGAAGGAAGGCCCUCUCUCCAGACAGCUGCAUGAACCUCUUCCAGACCAUGGUUGAGAUGAGAGAUCAUAAAGUUAAAGAUGAGAUUCAGGAAUAUCUCAAAUCAUCAGAUCGUUCCAAAACAGAACUGACUCCACUGCACUGCUCUGCAUUGGCCUACAUGCUGCUGGUAUCGAAGAAUGAUCUGGAUGUGUUGGACUUGAAGAGUUACAGCACAUCAGACGAAGGCAGAAGGAGGCUGAUACCAGCUGUGAGGAUCAGCAGCAAGGCCAUACUAGCAGACUGCAAAGUGACUGAAGAGUCGAUCCAGCAUCUGGCCUUUGGUCUCAAGUUCCCCUAUUCACCUCUAAGAGACCUGGAUCUGAGCAACAAUGACCUGAAAGACUCAGGAGUAAAGCUGCUCUGUGAGGGACUGUCGAGUCAAUACUGCAAACUGAAGACACUGAGGUUGUCAGGUUGUCAAGUCACAGAAGAAGGCUGUGUUGAUCUGGCUUCAGCUCUACGGUCCAACCCCUCUCAUCUGAUAGAGCUGGACCUGAGCUACAACAAUCCAGGAGACUCUGGAGAGAAGCUGCUCUCUGAGCUGAGAGAAAAUCCACAAUACAAGCUCAACAUACUCAAUGUUGAACAUGGUGGAAGUCACCGGAUGAGAACGAGAUUCAAGAAAUAUGCCUGUGAGCUCACGUUGGACCCCAACACAGCCCACAAGAACCUCCUUCUCUCUGAAGGGAACAGAAAGGUGACAUGGGUGCAAGAGGAGCAGACAUAUCCCCAUCACCAAGAAAGGUUCGAUAACUGCCAACAGGUGCUGUGUCAACAGGGUCUAGAUGGGCGUUGCUACUGGGAGAUGGAGGUGUUGGAGCCCUUCACCAUGGGGUUAACGUACAGAAGCAUUGGCAGGAAAGGUGAUGUGGAUGAUUGCAAGCUGGGACGCAACGACAGGUCUUGGUGUUUGAUUUGCGCUGAUGAAGGUUGUUUUGUUCUGCACCACAAUGAGAGCGUCAGUGUAUCUUCCCUCUCCUCGCGCUCCAGUCGGGUGGGGGUGUACCUGGACUGGCCGGCUGGGACUCUGUCCUUCUACAGAGUUUCCUCUGACAGUUGGACCCGCCUCCACACCUUCAAAGCAACGUUCAGCGAGCCCCUCUAUCCGGCUGUUGAACUUCACACUCAUUCCUCCGCACUUUUUUGUCACAUAACUUAGCUCAGUUAACACAUAGCUAAUUAAACUUUCACAGCAAUCACAAACAAAGGUGUAGAUUUGCAUUUGGAUAGUUGGGACGUGUCCCAUACAAUCAAUCAAAGGCCUGCUAGAGGUAGUCAGACAGAGAACCAUCUGGCUGAUUGUUCAGGCUCGUAAAUUAGUGAUUGCACCCUCAGAAUGAGGUAUCACUGUGUUUUUACCUUCACAUUUUCUUUUGCCAUGUGCUUAAGACCGCAGGCCGACAACACCAAUAGUGUGAAGCAAAACUGACUGUUACCAGACACGUUUUCACUUUGUAUUCCAAAGGAAAGAGAAGACAUUAUGUCCUGGUUAAAAAAAAUGUUCAAAUUUAAAUAACAACUUUGCUAACAUGGCAAGAACCACACUGGAUAGCCAAACAGCUUAUGUAACACAAGCUAACCUCCCAAUGCAGAGUGAUGGAGGUAUUUACGGUGGAUCUUCACCAAUGUGAAACACAUGCACAACAUUAAGAAAAAAUGCUGCAAAGUGAGGAAAUACAAAUACAGAAACAUUCCCUGAGGAAAACUGGUGACUCUCUUCAAGGGAGAGAGAGAUCUGGCCAAAAAGUUGCUAGACAUGCUAGGUAAGGGGGCUAAAUCUAGCAAGGUAGUCGGUAAGUUGGCAGCAGUGCAUGUGCUAUGGGCCCAGAAUUUGCAAGGGCCUAUGUCGACGCAGAGCCUACACCAUAGGUAUGGCAUUGAUUCAAUGCAGAAAUAUAAAUUCCACCUUAGAGCUGUAGCUGAAGAGAGGCAUGGGAAUGUGCAUAACAUCCCAGAGUACUUCACAGAGAAGUCAGUCCACAGGCUCCGAGAAGCAACUGAGAAGGUCGGGGAGAGUGUCGUUUUUUUAGUUGUGUUACAACCUGUUCACCCACUGGCAAUGAAAAAUGAUUCAUACAUGUAAAGAGUUACAAAGCUUUGAAGAACUGAACUGAACUGAACUGAAGAACCUCCACUCACACCUUCUUCAACCUUGUUGUUAGAGCAGGAGGAUAAAGGUUAAAGGAAUAAACCAGACCUCAGUUUGUUUUAACGAGCAGAGAUGUUUGCUAGUUACCUGCAGGCUAACAGUCAGGUGCAGUCUUAUAGGAUGGAAGUGGUUAGCUAGCACUGCAAAAUCAUUUUAGUAAACAAGCUCAGUUGGUGUCAUCAAAAAACACGUUUAACAGAAAGAAGAAUGUCAAUAUGAUAAUGCUCAAAAGUACUUUUUUUAUGCAUAUGUAGCAUGUAACAGCGAUAAACACAAACACAGAAUGGUUUUCCUUUAAGAUUCAAUCAUAGAAAUUAUAUUUUUAACAGCAGCAGUGGUGAUUCUUAUUCAAAUAAUUUCAUACAAUAUAAUGUUGUCUCUAAUUUAUCCUGUGUAAUAUAUCUCCUAAAAUAUAAAAUACAUCGCCAUAAAGCACUUUUGCAACGUCGAGCUGCUAUGAGCGUUUGUGUGUUAGUGAAAGAGAGGAAGUGAACACGAACAUGUUAGCUCGGGUUUCAAACAUGUCUCUACUAAUCUCAAAACCAAACCUACAACCUGUUGCUCCUGUUUUCAUUUUUAUUUUUUUUCACCCUAUGCUAUUAUCUCACAUAAAAGUCUAAACUUAGAGAUGUAUCUCCGCAGUCAGGAGCUGCGGGUAUGGUUGUGAAUAUUUAAGAUUCAACCAAAAAAAUGUUUAAAUUUUAUGUUUAAAUGCACUCCCUGAAGAAAUAUGAUCACAUUUUUGGAGAAAUCAAAGAGUGAUUCCAGAGAGAAGCAGACAGAGGGAUCUACAGUCUGUGUUUGAAGG